AUGGAUUCCGAGGAAGUUUCUGGCGGUGGGUGGGAAUUUCCUAAGAAAGUUGUGCGAAGGCCAACUGGUCUCACUGAACCGAGAGAGCUACGUGUCGUUCUGGAUCUCCAAACUAUGGAUUUUGAUGGAUAUUUCCAACCUCGAUUUCUCAGAACCAACAUCACAAACGCUGUGGAGGAGGUGAUGAAGGAUAAAUUCAGGUACCCUGAGAUCAAGGCUUAUCUAAUGGCAGAACCCACUGAAGAAUAUCAACGCAAUUUGGUGUAUCUGGGAAAGUUUUGUGAGAUCAUCAUUUGUUACUCAAGGAAGCCUCGAUGUCGUGAGUGUAAAAGACUUGUAGCACAGGAACGGAAGAGAAAGCUCUCGUAG